ACCGACCGGCGCCGGGAAGGGGAGCCGCGGGGCCAGAAAUGGCCAUUUCACUCUGGAAGAACUUGCUUCAGGCUACAAAGAAAAGGCUUCUGCAGCAGAGAAGGCUGUCCCUGUACAGCAGUGCUGAUGGCUAUGAGGAGGGAUCAAUACAGAAGAAACUUCAGCAGCUUGCUGGUGGAUCCAUCAACCUUUCCAAGGAAGACAAUGGCAUUGCAAUACUGACUUUGAACAACCCAAAGCUAAUGAAUGCCUUUACAGGCACUAUGAUGCUGGAGCUCCAGGAGAAGGUAACUGAGCUGGAGAGCUGGAAGGAUGGCAAAGGCCUCAUCAUCUGUGGUGCAGGAAACACCUUUUGCUCAGGCUCUGACCUGAAUGCUGUCAAAGCCAUAUCCAACCCCCAGGAUGGGAUGAAUAUGUGCAUGUUUAUGCAGAACACCUUAACCAGGCUGAUGAGAUUGCCUUUGAUCAGUGUUGCCCUAGUCCAAGGGAAAGCUUUUGGAGGAGGAGCAGAGCUUGCUACAGCCUGUGAUUUCAGGUUGAUGAGCCCGGGGAGCGAGCUUCGCUUCGUGCACAGGCUGAUGGGGCUGGCGCCGGGCUGGGGCGGGGGCGCCCGCCUGGUGCGCAUCGUCGGCAGCGGGGCUGCCCUGCGCCUCCUCAGCGGGGCCACCGCGGUGGACCCCCAGACGGCUCUGCGCCUGGGGCUCUCGGAGCAGACCUUGGCCUCGGCAGAAGGAACCCAAGCCUUAGAGGAAGCCCAAGCCUGGCUGAGUCAGUACACAGCGGGGCCGGCCAGCGUCGUUCGGGCGGCGAAAAGGGUGGUGACGGCCGGCGGAGAGCUGCCCCUGCAGGCUGCCCUCCGGACAGAGAAGGAGGUUUUCGGGACCCUGUGGGGCGGCCCUGCCAAUCUGGAGGCGCUGCUUAGAAGACCAAAGCACAAAUGA